UUAGGAGCUAGCCUAACGCCGGUUUAGAAAACAAACAAACCUACCGGGAAAAAAAUAAAUAAAGUAUUGUCAGUGACAUUAAACGGAACAGAGAAACUUUAAAGACGCCAAACAUCAAAUGUAUAAACUGUGUUGAAGGUUUAAAAGACGAUUUAACACCAGCGCGGACUGAGGUCCAUCGGCUAACUGUCAUGUUAUAGAAGCUAACCUGGGCUAACAGCUUUAGCCUGUGAGCUAACAGCCUCAGCUCCGCUCACUGAAGGGGGUUACAUGGCCGUGACGCCGAGGACGAGGUCCAGUCAGUUGGGAGAGCUGUAAAGGAUGCUCCAGGGGCCAUACGGCAGCGUGGACCGGGACCGGCCCCUGAUCCGGCUCCAGUUCACGAGCUUCGCCGUGGGGACGGUCCUGCUCCCUCUGACCGGCCUAAUCGCCUGCCUCUUCAUCUCACUCGAGUACCACUUUGAGGACUCGACGUUCACACACUGUCGAGUAUCAAACUACCUCCCAUCCAUCAGCGCCGCCGUCAACCUGGUGCCAGAGCGCUACAUAUGGCGCUGCUGCAUCGGCCUGCACUCGGCUCCACGCUACCUGGUGGCCAUCGCCUACUUCUGCUUUUACCGCCGCCGCUUCGAGAGGCUGCCGGAGCUGCUGCUGAGCGGGCUGGUGCUCCUCUGCAGCCUGGCAGAAAACACCGGCCUUCUGCUGCUCACAUACGUGUCGUCCACGGAAACUUACAGUGUUCAUGAAAACGCUCUCUACGUGUUCAUUGGCAGCUCGCUGCUGCACAUGUUCAUUACCUGCAGACUGUGGUAUGUGAUCAAGACACACUACGUGAACCCAGAGGAAGUGACAUCAUAUAGCUGGAAGCUGCGUCUCUUCAUCUUCAACAUCUGCUGUUGUGCGGCGGCUGCUUACUUCUUCAGACGACACAACAAGUUCUGUGAGGCAGGAGUCUACACCUUCUUCGCCCUCUGUGAGUACCUGAUCGUCUUCUCCAACAUGGCCUUCCACAUGACCGCCUUCUGGGACUUUGGGAGCAAAGAGGUGAUCGUGGCCACGCCCCCUGAAGACAAGAGAUACUGACCUGUGGACAUUUGAAAGACAGGUGACAUAAACGCACCAAUAGGACGUUGGGACAUUAUUCUAUAACAGUUAGUGACGCCAUGAAGGCGUCAUGGACAUUUUGUGAGAACUGAUGCCUUAAAUCCUCGCUGCAGGUGAGCUCAAACUGUCCAUCAUUCCAAACACACCUGUGUGCUUCAGACUGCUUCAAGUCAAAGUGAGUCAAAAAAUAGUCUUUAAAAUCUGCUGUAAUAACGUAACGUUAGAAACAACACUAGAACAAACACAUGAAGAAGACUCUGGAGAGUUUAAAGGAGAAUUCAGUUAAUUCAAACCUUGGCCUUAUUUAUUGUUUUUAUUAAGAUUAGAGUCUAAGUGACGUCACAUGGGAUUUGUAGUCCACUUCUCCAUGUUUCUCUAACUCUAAUAUGUGUCCCUAGUCCGUCUACAAACCCCCCAAUGAUGAGAAAAGUUCAUCCUCUCAGUCUUUUGCCUGCUCCACUUUUCAGAAAAUGUGUGCUCAAACAGACCGUUUGGAGAUUUUCCCUUCAUGACAUGACAAAGGGCAGUAACCCCUCCCCCAGCUAGGUGUUUGUUCUGUCCUCUGAGUCUGCCUUCUCACCGUAAACAAUAGGACAUGAAGCGAGAAAGCCCGUGCCACCCAAGCCCUUCCAGAGAGGGGGCGUGGUCAGACACAGCUCAUUUACAUUUAAAGGUACAGACACAGAAACAGCCUGUUCUGAGCAGGGCUGAAAUAGAGGGGUUUAUAGGCAUGAUCAAAUACAGGAUCAGAGUGGAUUUAGAACAAGAAACUUCACAGACAUGUUUUGAGGAGCUCUGAGACUUAUUUACACUGGUUGAAGAGGAGGAGAAUAUGUGACCUUUAAAGUGACCUUUUCCCUUGGCUUGGAUGCAGGAGUCGUAUCAUUGAUUCAUGUGUGUGUAUCUGAGUUUCUCUCCUUUAUAAACCACAUCGACAACAUUACAAUUAUAUCAUAUUUUCUAAUCGUGGGGCCUUAAGGUUUCAGGUCGACAUUGGUCUUUUGAAUUGAGAUGAAAAUAUUUUCUCUAAAUACAAAACGAAGAGUGUGGAGUACAAACUGAGGAAACGGUCGUUUGUGAUUACGUUACAUCAGAGACGCUGUCCGAGUCGAGCGAAGGAGAAACUUUAUCAUACUUCUCACGGACUCACGGAAACGAGUUCACUUCGGGUGAAGUGAAAGAAAUAAACUUAACAAACUGAAGAAGGACCAAAACUGACAACAAACAACAAGAGUAUGUUCUUUGUAUAUUUUCAUUCAAUAAAUAUAAAUAUGAA